AUGGCAGACAGUGAACAGGGUGACUCCGGAGGGAACACAGGUAUUCACCAAACCGGUUCACUCCCUAUCCUACAAGUGCCUCCUUUAACAUCCAACUAUCGUCUGGUUCGCCAAUAUCAAGUUUCCACCCAAGAAGAUUACGUUUGGCCUGCCCCGGAACUGCAGCUACCUCUCGACUAUCAGAAUUAUUAUACUGGACACCCGCUCAUGGCUCCUCCGACAACCCAGUCAGCUGUCCGCCAGCGUCGCUGUCAUCACAGUGUGGUGGAACGCCAGUUCUGCGUUGAUCGUAUGGAAACAUGCAACUCAUGUGGACGACGGCCAUUCCUCGGAUGGCUCUACCUCUGUGUUGAGGACACUUCGGGUUUCUCUGAUCCCUUGGAUCCCAUCAAUGGUCCAUUCCUCAGUCCAUGGAUACUGAAAGCCAUGGAAGAUGGUCACUAUACGACAGAACAGAAAGAAAUCGUGAUUCACCAGAAAUUGAACGUUGUGAGGACGGCGGAGAGAGAAAGAGGCCCCGUACCUCCACCGUUAUCUAUGCUCUAUGCAGAGCGUAGUGCGCAAAACGGUCACAAUCUAGAUGAUCCAUGGGUAGAAUUGGUAGAGGAUGUCAGCCAGCGGGAUGAGAGUGCUCCCAGAACCAGCGAAUCAACGGUUCGCCUCGACCAUCCUGAGCAAACCUCGCAGCUACUCCAGCGCUCACACCCUUCUCUUCCAUGCACUUUCCAGGCUUGUCGUCACUGCGAGCGUCGCCAUGGUAACCUCGAGGAGCGCACCUGGAUAAGUCUCAAUGAAAUCUGCAAUGAUCCUUCUAUUCCCCCUCCAGACUCAUGGGAACUGCUCGAGAGGCCUGUCUCCGAUGCCAAUAUUCUUCGAAACUUAGAGCUGCCCUCUGGGCAUUUCUGGCCUGGUUCUCCAAAUGCGAGUUCCUCAGAUUACAGCAUCACAGAAAGCUGCGAAGAUAUAAGCGCUAGGCUCUAUUCUCAGGAGAAUACCACGAGCACUAAUCUCCAUGAGCUUCUGCAUCAGUCUCUGAAUAUAUCGGUCAGAAGUGUCGAAUCAGAACAGGCCGUUGCAUCUUAUACGAGCCGGCUAAGUGAAAGUAUUGUCGUUGGGAUGGCUAUCUCUGCGUUCGAUGAUCACUUGGCAUCGCUUCCGUGGCCAGACUCGUUAGAGCACGGUCAUGAUGAUGGCAACACCGAGUAA